AUGUAUUUUUCUGAGUCAUAUGAAAAAAUAGAUGGGAGAAAAAAUUAUGACAACAUAAAGAAUAAUAUCUAUAAUAUAAACAAAACACAUUAUAAAAUAUUGAAUCAUAAUAAUUAUAAGAAAGACCAGACAAGUACCAAUUUGUCAGAAGAUAGACAGAAAGAGCACUUUUUUAUUCACUCUAAUAAUUUUAAUAAUAAGAGAAAGGACACGUGUAUAAAGUCUCCACAUUAUAAAUACUUACCAUAUCAUAUAAAUAAUAGAAACUUAGGAAGAUAUAAAAAUACUCACAAUCAUCCCAAAUUUCAUAAUAUACUCAAAAAUAAUAAAAACAAUAUAGAAAUUCAUCAAUACAUCCCUUCUUUAACAUCUACUAUUUUUGAUUUAUUAUAUGUUAAUUCAAAUAAAAUAGAAAAAAAUAUAUACCCACAAAAAAACAAUAAACAAAUGAGUCACUCUAAUAAAUACAAUGAAUAUAUCCCGAUGAAUGGUUUUAGAUCUAUCUAUCAUAAUAAUAACAUGAAUAAUACAAAUGGAUAUUAUACUAAUACUUUUAAUAAACAUCAUUCAAAUUUAUAUACUCACCAAAAUAAUAUGUAUGGUAGAAAUAAUUUAAUGUUUGAUGAAGACAGUAUUCCUUAUGGUAUGUAUGAUCAAUCUAAUAUUACUGGAACAAAUACCAUGACAUGUGGAAAAAAUAUUCCAUGUGAUCAAAGAAUGAUGUAUAGAUAUAAUACUAUGGAAGGUGUUGGACCUUGUCAUAAUAUUUUUCCUAUGAUUAAUAGUAGGAUGAAUUAUAACACCCCAUUAUCCUUACCACAAUAUAAUCCUAAUACUAGAAGUUAUUUAAUGCAUGAAGCAUAUCCACAACAAUAUGAUUAUCAUAAUAACAUCUAUGGUAGAAAUAAAAGAGUUAUAAAACAAUCAUAUGAUGUAGAUAAUAUGGAAAAUGAACACACUCAUAAAAAGGAAGUUAAUAGAAAGAACAUAUCAAAAAUAAAAAAGGGUGAUAUUGAUAUUAAUAUUGAAACAUCCUCUUCUGACAAGAGAGGAGUUGUUAUAGACCUAAACAUAGGUGUAUAA